AUGUCUUCUUCUUCGCAUUCUUCUUCUUCUCGUCGUCGCUCGGUUGACAACCCGGCGGCGACUUCGCCGUCGUCCUCUUCUUCAUCAUCUUCUUCUUCUCCCAUUCCCCGUCGCCUGGGAGUUCCGGCAGCUCUUCUGGCAGCGUCUUCUUCUCAGCUGACCCCUUCUUCUUCGGGGGCAGCCACUCCCAUGAGCCCCGCUCCUUUACCUACGGUGGCGGCUCUGCCGGACGGCGCCAGGCGGCUGCGAGGCAAAUUCGAUUCCAUCGUCCGGCCGACCGGGCUUCCGUCGUGCGCUACGGCGGCGGACCUGGACAUGGCCCGUUUUUUGCUCGGUCCCUCCGCCAUAGUUGUAGCCGCGGAGGGCCGUCCCAUUCACAACCCGCCGGAGGGUCACGUGGGCAUCCACCUGCACUCGGUCGCUUUUGGCUUCCGAGUGCCUCCCUGUCCGCACGACUCCGACUCCACCAGUUCCGACGAGGCUGUAGUACCGACUCCAGAGAUGGCGGACAGAGCUGAAAAGAUGAGGCGUCGGCUGACCCAGCGCGCUUCCGGCACUGCUGUUGCCUCCUCCUCCCAGCCGUCACCAGCUCCAAGGUCGACUCCUCCACCAUCUCGCGACGUGGUCGAUCUGACGCCGUCGCCCGUCGUGUCGCCGACUCGACAGCCGCCUCCUCCUCCAUCUGAGAGUCCGAGCUCCAAACCGCCGGCCGAGCAGACGGACACGCCGGCACCGAAUAAGAUCCGGUUGAGCCACGAGGUGGACGAGGAUGCCCAGAUCUGGCAAGGCAACUCCUCUGUCCGUAAAUGGGCUGCAAACGUCCUUCUUCCUAAGGACGUGGCGACGACCGGCGCCCUGGGGGACGAGUACAUCGUUGAGGCCUCGCUACGCUAA